GGAACCCAUGCUAUAAAUACUUUGUAGCACACAGGUGAUUCUAACAAAGUUUUGUUCAAGUGGCUGGCAGCCACAGCAGGUUCUUUUAGAGAGAUUUCAAGAGCCGUUUAGUACUAUUUCCUUAUUAGUCACGAACACACGAGUAGUGCUACUCAAAGGGUUUGUGAGAGAUAAAGAGGUGUGUGGACCACUUACGAACUCUUUAAUUGAAUCCCCUUGGUUAAUUUUAACGAUGCUGACCACUGCAUGUCUAGGGGGUUUACGGAGGAAUUUUUGUCAUGCUUGAAGAAGGGCUCGUCUGGAGGGUCUUUUAGGAGCUGUCAAUAACGUCAGAAAUUAACUACUUCCUGUGAACCCAGACUGAGUUGUUACCUCUGAACAAGACCGUAAGAUUACACAGCAGCGAGGCGCCAGCAACUGCAAACGUCCGGGAUUAUUGGCCUCUAGCUGUGAACUCUGUUCUACACUGUGGGCACUAUGUCAACAACAGUGCUUGGCUCUUUUCUGAUAAGGGCUCUUCCCUCUCUCUAGCCCCUCCUUUGACUGCCUAAGGCAACUGACUCCACCCUGUCUUUCAAAAAGAGAAAAAAGAAAACAUGCCAACUUUUUUUUAAGCUACCUACCACAGACUAACUGUGUGGUUAUGCCGUGUUCACCUGUGGCCCUAGUUUCUCUUUCCCUUUGGUUUUGUUUCUGGAGGCUCUUCUACCUUUGCCUAGCUUUUGGUGGCCUGUACUGGAAGCCAUGGGUGCCAGCGAACCAUGGACAUUGAAGCAUACUUUGAACGAAUUGGUUAUCAGAACUCCAGGAACAAACUGGACUUGCAAACAUUAACUGAAAUCCUUCAGCACCAGAUACGAGCUGUUCCCUUUGAGAACUUGAACAUCCAUUGUGGGGAACCCAUGGAGCUGAGCUUAGAGGCCAUCUUUGAUCAAAUUGUGAGGAAGAAGAGGGGUGGGUGGUGUCUCCAGGUCAAUCAUCUCCUGUACUGGGCUCUGACUAAAAUGGGCUUUGAAACCACAAUGUUGGGAGGCUAUGUCUUUAACGCUCCAGCCAAUAAAUACAGCACUGGUAUGAUUCACCUUCUGGUCCAGGUGACCAUCAGUGACAGGAACUAUAUUGUUGAUGCUGGAUUUGGACGUUCUUACCAGAUGUGGGAACCUCUAGAAUUAGCAUCUGGGAAGGAUCAGCCUCAGGUGCCUGCCAUCUUCCGUUUGACGGAAGAGAAUGGAACCUGGUACUUGGACCAAAUCAGAAGAGAGCAGUAUAUUCCAAACCAAGAAUUUGUUAACUCCGACCUCCUUGAGAAGAACGAGUAUCGGAAAAUCUACUCUUUCACUCUGGAGCCGCGCACUAUUGAGGACUUCGAGUCCAUGAAUAUCUACCUCCAGACGUCGCCAGCAUCUGUGUUUACAAGCAAGUCAUUUUGUUCCUUGCAGACCCCAGAGGGGGUUCACUGCUUGGUGGGAUCCACCCUCACCUAUAGGAGAUUCAGUUACAAGGACAACAUAGAUCUUGUAGAAUUUAAGAGUCUGAAGGAGGAAGAAAUAGAAGACGUACUGAAAACUAUAUUUGGCGUUUCUUUAGAGAAAAAACUUGUGCCCAAGCAUGGUGAUAGAUUUUUUACCAUUUAGAAUAAGCAGCAGUAAAAUUUUUUGGUGACACUCCAUGUAAUUGAACGUUUUAUGAUAAAUUUCAAUGCAGUAUAUGUAAUCUCUUGAGUCUUUCUGCAUCCAUCCUCCCAGCUUCUCAGUUAUCGGUAACUAACAAUCUGUUGUACCCUCUACUUCUGCGUUCUAAUUAGCAACAAUUGUGCCUUAGAUAAACCUCAUUGCCUGCCACUGUGCAAGGCUCUACUCCUAUAUCCUAUUGGAAGAAAACCCUAGACAUUUUGUCUAUAAAACAUCAGCACUUCUGGUUGCAUGACUUUUGAAUGAAACAGCUAGAAAUCAGCCAUUCAAAGAGCACGUUACUGUUGACAUGAACAUACUGGUGUCCAUGCUGAUUGAUGGGUGCUAGAGAAUUCUCGACAUUGCUUAUUGCUCCUUCACAUGGAAUUUGUGCUAAUAACUGAAUAAAAGAAUAGUGAGAGAAACAGUGCCAUUAAAUUUGAACAGCAUCUAUCCAAUAUCUAAAUUUUAUGAGUUGUUACCUUAUAAUUUAGGAUUUGGAUGCAGCAAAGAAGAAUGGGUGCUAAUGUUGGUUCCAAAUACAUUUAAGACUAUAUAGUCUAUCAAUAUAUGACUUCCGCCAACACCUAGAGAGAUAUGAUUAGGACCCAAGAGAACCAGUCACACAGCUAAUAAUUUCUUUCUCUAUUGUUUUUGUAUCCAGUCCUUUUUAUAUGAUUUUUCUUUAUGGGAACAAAUAACGAUAUUUAGAAAUUUGAGCUUCUUUAUUUUUGAAAUGUAUGACUAAAAUAAUAUAAACGAUGUAAUAUACAUCUAAAACCUUUGCAAAGAGAUCUAUUAAAACAUGUUGACUAAUGUGGUGUAAA